AUGACGCGGAUUAAUACAGCCAAAAAUGAUCCAAAGAAAACGUGGCGACUUAUUAAUGAACUUUCUUCACGCAAAGCCAAUGCAACCACAAAUGUGAAAACUAUAAAACAUGACGGAGCAGAGAUCACGAAUUCAGCUGAUAUAGCAAAUGCUUUCAAUACCUACUUUACUACGAUAGGCGAUAACCUUGCCAACAAUCUACCUAGCUCAGAUGUAAAUCCUAUUUCUUAUAUAAACCCAGUCAAUAGCUCAUUUUCGUUUGCUGAAAUAAAUGUUGAGACUGUAAUCAAAACUCUGAAAUCCAUUAAUCCUAAUAAGGCAACUGGUCCUGAUAAUGUUCCUUGUAAGGUCUUGAAAAUAGCUGCCGAGAUUUUGUCUCCAUCACUCACGGCCAUUUUUAAUCGCUCAAUUUCCAUGGGAAUUUAUCCGGAUGAUUGGAAGAUGGCUAGAGUUUUACCUAUCUUUAAAAAUGGGGAUAAAGGUGAUCUCGGCAACUAUCGACCUAUUUCAGUCAUAUCUGCAAUUGCUAAAAGUUUUGGAAGGCCCGUUUAUGACCAAUUUUAUGCAUAUUUAACUGAUAAUCAGCUUAUCAAUCCUUAUCAAUCUGGCUUUAGGUCUAAUUACAGCACCCUCACUUUUUUACUAGAAGCAACUAAUAACUGGUGUGUCAAUAUCGAUAGAGGUCUUUUAAACGGCGUAGUCUUCAUUGACCUGAAGAAGGCCUUUGACACUAUUGACUAUAACAUUUUACUUUCAAAGUUGAAAGCAUAUGGUGUGGAUGACUUGGCACAAUCUUGGUUUAGAUCCUAUUUAACUGAUCGUAGGCAAAAGUGUUUUGUUAACGGUCAGUUUCUGGUAUCUCUUCUACAUCCAGAGGAGUUCCUCAGGGUUCAAUAA